AUGGCCAAGCUGUUUGAGUCUAUUGGUAAGCUGGGGCUGGCCCUGGCCAUAGGUGGGAGUGUUGUGAACUCAGCUCUUUUCAAUGUUGAUGCAGGGCACCAGGCAGUGAUAUUCGACAGGUUCCGAGGUGUGCAGGAGUCUGUGGUCGGCGAGGGCACUCAUUUUCUCAUCCCGUGGGUGCAGAAGCCAAUCAUUUUUGACUGUCGAUCCCGUCCCCGAAACGUCCCCGUCAUCACGGGAAGCAAAGAUCUGCAGAACGUCAAUAUCACAUUGCGUAUCCUCUUCCGGCCGGUGAGCGCGCAGCUCCCACGCAUCUUCACCAGCAUUGGCGAGGACUACGAUGAAAGGGUGCUGCCGUCCAUCACCACGGAGGUCCUGAAGGCCGUAGUGGCUCGGUUUGACGCCGGUGAACUCAUUACGCAGAGAGAGCUCGUCUCUCGCCAGGUCAGCGAGGACCUUACAGAAAGAGCGUCCACAUUCGGACUCAUCUUAGAUGACGUUUCACUGACACACUUGACGUUCGGCAAGGAGUUCACAGAGGCCGUAGAAAUGAAGCAGGUGGCCCAACAGGAGGCCGAGAGGGCCAGAUUCGUUGUGGAGAAGGCGGAACAAUUGAAGCAAGCCGCCGUCAUCUCAGCUGAGGGCGACUCCCAGGCUGCCCUUCUCAUCGCCAACUCCCUCAUGGAAGCCGGCGACGGUCUGGUGGAGCUGCGGAAACUGGAGGCGGCCGAGGACGUGGCCUUACAGCUUUCCCGCUCGCGGAACGUCACGUACCUGCCGUCGGGGCAGGGCACUUUGCUCCAACUGCCCCAGUGA